GCUUCUACGUCACUCAGAGCUCACCUGACGGUCUGAGCUGGUGGCAUGUAAUUGAGCUUGAGAGCUUACUUACGAAUCGCACAAACCAUCCUCCUGCCUACCUAGACUUUACCAGACCAAUGUUCUAUAUCUAAUAUGACACCAAAUGUAGAUCCAGCCAUCCUCGAUGCCCUCCAACUUGAUCCUGAACAAACCAAAAUCGCGUCCCAUGGCGGCUCCGGCUUUGCAUCAUCUUUCAAACUCGCGACCGUCAUCGAUGGUCAGCCCACCAACUUCUUCGUCAAGACAGGCUCUGGGAAAGAUGCCGAAGUCAUGUUCAGAGGCGAACAUGAAUCGCUAAACGCAAUCCACAACGCCGUGCCGAAUUUCUGCCCAAAGUCGCACGCCCACGGGCGGUACCAGUCGUCACCGGGCAAAUACUUUCUAGUCACAGAUUUCUUGGACCUGGGAUCCUCGGCCUCUGGCGGCUCCGGCCUGUCACUAGCCGCGAAGCUCGCCAAGAUGCACACAACCCCGGCGCCUGUCCCAGAGGGGUUUGAUAGGCCCAUGUACGGCUUUCCCGUGAGCACUUGCUGCGGCUCUACGCCGCAGGAGAACGCGUGGAAGGAGACGUGGGCCGAGUUUUAUGCCGAGAAUAGGCUGCGCGGCGUCUUGCGCGCGGGGAUCAGGAAUAACGGUGCGGAUGGGGAGUUGUCUGAGGCUGUGGAGGCCGUUGCGAGCCGGGUCGUUCCGCGGUUGAUUGGCGAUGACCGCGUUAAGGGGAUCAAGCCGGUGGUGAUCCACGGGGAUCUAUGGAGCGGGAACCACGGCCGGGGCCAGAUUGCCGGUCAGGGCGGCGCGGAGGAGGUUGUCUACGAUUCAUCGGCCGUGUAUGGGCAUGCUGAGUAUGAGCUGGGCAUCAUGAAGAUGUUUGGUGGCUUCGGAAGCGGUUUUUGGAACGAGUAUAACAAGCUUGUGCCAAAGGCGGAACCGUUAGAGGAAUGGGAUGACCGAGUUGCACUCUACGAGUUAUAUCACCACCUCAACCACUAUGCAAUAUUUGGUGGAGGGUACCGCGGAGGCGCAAUGGGCAUCAUGAAGAAGUUGAUUUCAAAGUAUGGCUGAAUCAAUUGAACUUUACCGAGUAGUACCAUGGCGUUGGGAAGAUUGGUUUGAGCUGGGAGGAAUUCCACAUUUAAAGCCGGCCCGCGCCGGUGGGAACCAUGAACUUUGUAUUAGCGGCCAACCGAAAUGACUGACAGCUCUUAGUUUCAGGGACGGGAGCGCUGGAUGGAUACGGCCGCCUCAUUGUAAUUCUAAAACCUCGUGACAGAGUUCCCAAUUUGAUUUCUAGUUAUCAUUCAUCAUAACUAGUCCGCUAUUCAACGGAGAUACCUCACAUGGUCGUGGUCACGCCGUCUGAUGUUUUUUUUUUCUUUUUUGACGGGAUUCUGGAGAGGUGCCAGUGGAGGAUUCACAUGCCAGGGGUUGCCCUGAGACCGAGCCUGUUCUGGCCACACGUUGGGAAGUUGGGGGGGGAAGCAGCAGCACGGACCAACCAUUCAUCCGGCGCAAUUGCACUCUGGGCACACAGCAAAGCCACGGGGGGCA